UUUCUUGUCUAUUUUCCUGGAUCAAAAGUAACGGCCUCCAGGCCUGGGCAAGGGAGGAAAGGCUCAAAACAGCGUAACAUAUUUCCGUCAGUGUGUCGCCAUCGGUGGACGUGACGGGAGUCGAGGCGGCGGCCAACACCUGGCUCACUGGACCUGCCGAGGGCGGCGCCAUGGACUUCAGUUACCUGCUGGAGCUGGCCAAGAGCAAUGACCACAGCAACAAGCAGGAGGCCUCCGUCUCGAGGUUCUCCACGAAGGUGUCGCGGCCCAAGAAGGAGAUGCGGCCGGGCCCCAAGGUGGCUGCCGUCAAGGCCGUCAUAGACCGCCUCACCUCAGAGAAGGUGAAGGAAAAUGAGGAGGCGCGUAAGAAGAAGGAGAACUUGCUGACGCUGCGUGCACAGGACAGGAAAUCCAACAAGCGUGUGAGGGCGAUGAUCAACAUGAACAAGGGAGCGUCCAAGGCAGUGAUGGACGACGCCAAGGACAUCACCACAGCCAAGGGGGAAGAGCAGUGCGACGAGGAUGACUACGGCUACGAGUCCAACAUGAGCCAGCAGAUCUUCAGCAAGCUGGCCAACCAGUACGCCAACAUGCCCGAGGACGACAAGCUCAAGUUCGUCCACAACAACAAAAAGGGAACCAUCGACGACAUCAAGAGCCGCGUGAUCAACAACCUGAAGCGCGUGGAGGAGGAGGAGAUGGGGCCGCGGCGGAGGAAGCGCAAGAAGCACCAUGCCGAGGAGGAUGAGUUCAUCAACGACGGCGACGAGUACGCCGGCACCACCCUGGCCUACGGCCACCCCCAUAAGGAGAAGGAGGGCAAGUCCAGCCACAAGAUGCCGAACAUCAACUACACCAACUACAAGAGUGACAAGUUCAGCAACUUCAAGUAUGGCCAGGACCAGACCCCCAAGGACAACAAGGACAACAAGGACAACCCCGAGAAGGAGCGGCCCAAGAAGGCGCGGGAGAAGGCCAAGGCCAAGGCCGCGCCGCCACCCAUGAGCUUUGAGGAGCUGCUGAAGGUGGCCCAGAAGAAGCACCAGGAGGCCCCGCUGCCACCCCCCAAGGAGGAGGUGCGCCCAGGCAAGGAGAAGGACAAGAAGAAGGAGCCGGACCGCCCCCUGACGGCCAAGGAGAAGGAGGAGCUGGAGGAGGAGCGGCGCAGGAAGCUGAGGCGCAUGGGCAAGCUGCCGCCCGAGAAGAAGCCAUCAGAGGCAGAGACAGAGGCGGACAAGCUCAAGAAAGGGGAGAAGGGCGGCAAGAAGGGGCCGGCGGAGAGCGAUGGCAGCGCCAGCGGCCCCAAGCUGAAGAAGGCCCUGGAGGCACCCAAGACGCCAGAGCCCAAGGCCAUCGACCGCUCCAAAUACUUCGCCGUGCCAUUCUCACAGAAGCCCAAGGAGAUGCCGCCGCCCGCCAAGGAGUCCCAGCCCCCUCAGAGUGCCCGACCCUUCCCCCCACCGCGGCCCCAGGCUCCCCCACGGCCCCAGGCCCCCCCACGGCCCGAGCCUUCCCCCAAGGAGGCCAGGAAGCCGUCUGGCCCCCCAUGCCGGGGUGCCCCACCCAGCAGGCCCCCCAGCAAGCCGGUGCCCAAGGGCCGGCCAGGGCCGCCACCGCCUAGCCUGCACAAGCGGCCGCCGCCACCGCCAAGUCCCCCCGGCAAGAGGCGGAUAGAGAGCGACUCUGAAGACGACUAUGACUCCGAGAUGGACGACUUCAUCGAUGACGGUGAGGCCGAGGUGGACGUGUCCAGCGAGAUCAAGCGCAUGUUUGGCUACGACCGCUCCCGCUACCAGGAUGAUGACGACGACGUGGAUGACAUGGAGGCGUCGUUCUCCCAGAUGCAGAAGGAGGAACGCAUCUCAGCACGCAUCGGCCUUCAGGAGGACUUGGAGGACAUCAAGAGGGAGGAGGAGGAGAAGAAGCGGAAGAUGCAGCGGUUCAAACAGGCCAAGAAGGGGCGGAGAUGAGGGUGCUGAGAGCUGGACCGCCUGUAUGUGUGUGCGUGUGGCUGGGCACAUCUCAGGGGAAUGGAUGUUGACAAUUAUUUAGACAGUGGAGGGCUACAACUGGCUGUGUGUGCGUGUUAUUUACGUACAAUUACUACUCGCUUGGCCGUGUACGCAAACACCAUGACACUCUUUUGGGCCCUCAGGAGAAGGUCGGAGGUAUUGAACAUCAUACUUCCAAGUUUUAGAUUUAGAACUGAUGUCUUUCUUGGGGGUCAAACUCAUUGCCAAAUACCUGUAAAUUUUUGUUCUCCAUUAUCUGCUGUGGUUAUCAUAUGUUCCUGCUAUGAAGGUGAUGAAAGAACACACCAAACUAGGCACCCAGGACCAUACAACAGUGAUACAGUUUGCAACCUCUUAGUCGUGAGUCAAGAACUACUCCAGCCCCUAGUUCAUCAUUUGUACGGAGAACGAAAAAAGAAAAAAUCAAAUAGUCCCCCUUCAUGCCUGUAUCAGUGUAGGGACAAAUCAGGCUAGUAUGUAACCCCUCCUAACUUGAUCCCAAAGAAAAAGUCCAAUUCUCCACCAGGUAGUCUCCCUUAACCCGAGAACAUCGGCAGACGCUUUUUAGGGCUUUCACGAGUCGUGGCUGUGGUAUGAUGGACCCUAAAAAGGGCUCGCCAUAAAACACCUAAUUUGAGCUAAUUGUAGGCGAUGGUGGCAUAGCACAACCCACCUUGAAUGCCCGGGGUCUUUGUGGUGGGUGAGUGAUCCUGAGGUGGGCUUUUUUUGUCAUAGGUGGUGCUGUAAGGUCAUGGCAUACUGAAUUAGCUAUGCAUACAGUAAUCACUUGUCAAAUUCUCUAUAGUAGACAACAAGCGACUCUCGGCUAGAUGUCACACGUCACGAGACUCUUUAUUUUGUAACAAACACCACCCAAAAAGAAUGGAGUUUGAGUAAAAGUAAAUAUUUUUAAUGGCUUUAUGGUUAUGAGAGGAGUACUCUGAUGUGUGUUCCAUGCUCUUUUCUCAGUCUCAAAAUCCAUUGUAAUUUUGUCGUUUCUCAGUCUCAAAAUCCAUUGUAAUUUUGUCCUUUCUGUCUCAAAAUCCAUUGCAAUUUUGUCUUUUCUCAGUCUCAAAAUCCAUUGUAAUUUUGUCAUUUCUCAGUCUCAAAAUCCAUUGUAAUUUUGUCGUUUCUCGGCCACUUCUCGUCUUUCCCAUAGCCAAAGCCCACGGGUUAAUAAGCUUGAAACUGGUGACAGAGAAUGAAAAAAAAAAUCAAAUAGUCCCCCAUCAUGCCUGUAUCAGUGAAGGGACAAAUCAAGCUAGUAUGUAACCCCUCCUAACUUGAUCCCAAAGAAAAAGUCCAGUUAUCCACCAGGUAGUCUCCCGCUGAUAAGCUUGGAACUGGUGGCUGGCAGGUCAACUCCCUUACCCUUUCCUAUUCCUUGAAGCAGACCAUUGAUAUUCUCUGCUAGUCUCUCCUGAUAAAUUUAUAACUUCUGGCUGUCAGGUCAACCCCAUUCAGUUACCUUAAAUACCUAUUCCCUCAACCAGAUUAUAAAUAUUCUUCACUAGUUUUUCCUUCUGAUAAAUUAUGAACUUGCUCUCAGGUCAAUACCCCCAUUCAGUUAUCAUCCUCUCCCUGAAUCAGACCAUUGCUAUUCUUCACUCUCUUCCUGUUGAUAACCUGGUGGCUGUCAGGUCAACCCCCAUUCACUUAUUCCCUAUCCCCAGAAGCAGAGCAUUGAUAUUCUCCACAAGUCUUCCCUUAUGAUAACCUUGGAACUUAUGGUUAUCGGGUCAUCCCCCAUUCUGUAAUUACCUAUCCCCUCAGCUAGAGUCUGUCUGUUCAUGGGUCAAGAAGUGUGUGUCCUCAGCUCCCCAAUGCAACAUUCUGGGGUCUUUGUGGCCUUCCUGUGUGCGUGUGUGUGUGUGUGUUGGUGCCCUUGCCGUGCCUCCCACCAAGAUCUUAACCUCAGCCCAAAUAGGAUUACUGUCUGUGCCCAGCUUUUAUAUAUAAUUUAUCCUUUAUUUAUAAUUGUGUCUUUGAGAAACUUCUAUGGGAGAUGAAAUAUUUAUUAUUGUAUAAUUAUCUAAGUUGAGCUGUGGGCCGCUGGUGUGUGAGGAGUCUCUGCCGCCAGCGCCACGGCUCACCUGUGUCUUGAGUUCUCUGUGAGAGCAACACUUGGCUGGGCAAUGCUCACUUCUGGAGGCCUGCGCAGACACUCAUGAGUUUGUGAGCCCAUGAGUGUGUGCCUGAAAUAUGUUGACCAAUGUUAGUUAAUUGGGGUGACUGGUCUGGUGUGUUGGCAGCCCCUUGUAGGGCCAAACAUGUGUCAGAAUAGUGCAAUUGUGUGUGUGUGUGUGUGUGUUAAUUAAUUGUUUUUUUAAUUUUCUUAAUUUUGAUUGAUUGUUUGGUGUCUCUAAAGUGCAUUAGUUCUCAUUUGUGAGGAUGUAGAGAGAGGAAGGCAGGUGUGUGUUGAGAUGUGACUGCUGUGAGAUUGCCUUAGCCUGGUUGGUGCCACAGGGCGUGCUGGUGCUGGUGCAAAUGUUUCAACAAGCUCACAGAAUUGUGGCUGGGGGCAGCUGUGGAGGCUGUGAUGGUUACAUCUGCUGGACAGAUGGUUGGCAUUAUUGCUUGACUUUCUGUCCCACUCAGUGAAGGGGGAGAGCAAGAUAAUGAAAGGUUCAGUGCAGGUUUAUUGAAGAAACACAUCACCUUUGCCUUCCCUUCAUGGUUUACAGUAAGGCAGGAAAUGUCUUGGUCAGCAAAGAAUAAUAAUGUCAUAGCUCACCACUUGCACUCGGUGGUAUUUGAGUUACAGAAUGCCACUCUGAGUAACCAACCCCUCAGAGAGCAGCCAUGACACAGCUGAAACCUCUAGUGGCUGGUUAGACUGAUACCAGUCCAGUGCCGGUGACUGUUGGGCCCAGGGGUCACUGAGGCCCCGUUGGUGGAGGGUCUCGCCAGUGUGGCAGAAGUUACAGGAGGCCAAAUUAGCAACAUUUUAGGUCCAGGAUGGGCAUCUGCAUUUUUUUUGUAAUUGUCAAUCAUGACAGCAAAGUACAAUAACUUACCUUCUCCUAGAGUGCUUGCAUGUUUGUUCUUAACUGUUGACACGUAUUGGCUUUCUCUUCAGUAACAUUGCAUGCCUUGUUUAUUUCUUUUAUUUUAAAAGAUGUGGGGAAAAUAUUUCACACACAGGAUAUACAAGACAGUCAAGAGUGAGGCAGUGUUUGGUGGAUGGUGUGAACCUCCUCGACAGGGAGGGUGUUGUGUUGGCAGGGCUGGAGGAAGGGUGGGGAGGACAGAAGCAGUGAGCACGGUGUUGGUGGUCAUGGAAGGGGAGCCAGCCAAGGACAGGGCCCACAGACUGCUGCUGGAGCCUGUUCAUGGCCACACUCGCCGCCCUCCUCCAGUGUCGGCUUGUUUGUUAUGCUACAGCCAGUCAUUGCAUGGCCCAAGUAGAAAUUGUUUAAAAAAAAUUCUUGUGGUAACAUGGUAAUAAUGUCACCUACCAUCACAUCUACAGGUGGGACAUUGUGUUGAAGCAAAGUUGAUCUGUGAGUGUUUCAAGGCUCACUUUUUUGCAACACAGAAUAUGUGGUUGGCCGAAGGCAAAUUCAAAGUCUCAAGAUGUUUAUAGUCACUUUAUUACCAGUCUCAUGUCAAUAUUGUAGCUGCUAUCAAAAAACAAAUAUCAUCAUCAUUUUCAGAACUUUGUCAUGUCUUUAUUUGUGUGGAGCAGCACAAUAAUUCCACAAAAAAAGUUUUGCUGCUCUGAGAAGUAGGUCUCAAAAUACUAAGUACGUAUAUGGAGUUGGUCCAGAAGCCCCGCCCCCUCCACAACUGUGGGAGCUGAUGGUUGUGUGAAGGGAGCUUGGAGUUAGGUCAGUGUUACCUUGGAGGGGGAGGAGGAAAGAACCGGGCUUCCGGGCCAACUUAGGUGUGCAGUGACUGUAAUUGCACUGAACAAGUAGAAAUUCAAGUUGUCUUAAACAUAACAAUGGCCAUCCACUGGUGGGUUGUGGCCUCUGCCUUCCUGCCAGUCCACUGCAGCCAACACUGAGGCAGUAUUCAUCAGUGGUGGGAAACAGAGAUUUUUAGAGAUAACAGUUAAGGAAGAAGUCUUCAGGAGUGGGGAACAAAGUUCCCUGCCAGGCUUGUUUCUAUCCUGUCCAGCUUGUUCAAAGAACAAGGACGCUCCCCAAAACCAGUUUUUACAAUAAGUUGAAAGUUAUGUUUUGAUAUUUUCUGUACAUACUGAUCUCUUCUGUAUAUUUUUGUAUAUUUUUUUGUGUAGUUAAUAUAUAAAUAUAUUGGCACCAGUAAUCAUACCUAGCUUUGUGCUCAAUGGGUCCUCAGAAACUUUGCAUAUUUUGUAAGUUUCAACAAUGCCGGCGUCAUCAUUCUUGUGUGAGCUGCAGUGAUUCCAGUUGUAAACAAGAAUGAUGGACUUGCAUUCAUUGCUUCACAAUAACAGUGUUGCCUUUGAGCCUGAGGCCACAUCCUUACACAGGCAUGAUUUUACAAUUAAAGACAGUGAACGUCAAGCUUCACAAAACCCUGAGAGCCACUGACCACAGCGACAGAUACAGGCGGAUGUGUGUUGUGGAGUGAAGGGCUGCGGGGACUCCCUCAGCUGGUGUGUGUGUGUCUGUGUGUGUGUGUGGCACAAACGUUCGGUUCACUCUGACUUGAUGACACCAGUAAAGAAGUUGUGUGUUGGUUAUAAACAAUCUGAUGUCAUACACUGGAUUUGAACUUGCCUUACAGCCGAUGUGUGCAUGAUGUAAGUAGCAAAGGUAAAGGCUGCACAUUACCACUCAAAGGUUGUCAUGAGCCUCAGUGUGUGUGUGUGUGUGUGUGUGUGUGGUACAUGAGGCAUCUGGAGGGGAAGGAGUGUGUGGGACAGAGGCAUUUUCUUUCUAGUUUUCACCAAGGCAGGCACGGCUACACACUGAGGGUCACUUUUCCCUUGUAUCUUCCUGGGAUGUGUGGCCAGCCUCUCCCAGCACUGCUAGAAAAAUAGACUUUGUCCCUCAUGCCCCCUAGCUGCCAGACACCUGUGUGUGUGUGUGUGUGUGUGUGUGUCCUCACAGAUACAUGUAGACAUAGGUUACUAAUUCAUUAAGAUAGUAAAUGUGAGUUAUAUCAGUGACUGCUUACUUUGUUGUCUUUAUGAAGUUUAUAUAAUAUAUCUAUAUUUAUAUAUAUCAAGAAGAGUGUUGGAAGUCACUCGUUUGUUUGUGUGUUUGUUGAUUGGUGAGGUGGGCGAGUCAGGCGUGUCCCCGCACCGUGGCGGGUGUGGUGUGUGUCGUGGCUGUCGGCUGCAGGAUGACAGAUAAAGCUUUAGCCAUUGUUGUGCUGUGUUUUACCUUUCACUCUUACUGUUGAAAAAUUAAUCUCUGAGAACAAAUCUGAUAGAUUAAGUUUUUCUCCUCCACAGUGAGCCAUUGGGGUCAAGGGUGGCUCGGUGGGUGAGGUGUUGAGUAAGGGUUGCUGGGUUUUAGAGGCCGUGCUAUUUUUUGUUUAUCAGGAAAAAUUUUAAACAAAGUUUAGAUAAGGGUGAUAAUUUAGCAUAGCAUGUUUCAGACCUUGCCCUAUUUUUGUCAGUAUGAUUUAUUAACAAAAUGUGGAUAAUUGAGGCUCUUACAAGAGGCACGUGAUGGUAAAACCCAGCAGACAAAGUGCUUGCUGUGGAGACUUGUGCACCUGUGCCACGAGAUGUUGAUGCUGGACACAGCGUGUUGGCCUCCCUGUGCAGGCGCACAACACCGUCUCCACACCAACAUUUGCCGGCCUCACAGCAGGACACACUUCAUCUAAUGGUUUUAUCAUAACGUGACUCUGAUGUGCCUUAAUUACACAUAUUUUGUUGAUAAAUCAUAUUUAUAAUUAUAGGGCAAGGUCUAAAAAAUGCUUUGCCAAAUUAUUGCCCUUAUCCAAUACUUUGUCAAAAAAGUUACCCCAAAAAUACAAUAUAACAUUGCCUCUGAAACCCCAAGUACAUAAUUUUUGUUAGUAACUGUCCACCACAGCAAACAGUGUAUAGAAUAUAUACCUUUGAGGCACAGUAAUGUUGAUGAACCAGUAAGCACAGUCAGGAGUUUGUGGGGACUGGUGGAUGGAUGUCUUGAGCUAGGAAAGGUUGUCACACGGAGAGGCUGUCACACCCAAAGACUUCCAUCAUCAGAGUCAUCACCUGCAAUGUGUUGUUUAGUUGGUACAAUGAAUGGCCACUCGGCAUUCAGCCCGGUGGCCUCCCUGUACUGGCAGAUGACAGCACUGACGUGACAGCCUCCAGCCGUUGCCUCGCACCACUGGGGACACUGAUGCAAUGCCUUAUCUAUUUGUAUAUCCUGUAAUGCACUUUUCUACACAAUAAAAUAUAAAAGCAAGA